AAGGGGCAUUUGGGACCUUGCCCCUAGCUGGGCACACGAGCAGGCCGCGGCUGGCCCGGAGGCAGGCCUGGGGGCGGGCAGAAAAGCAGGAGAGCCCAGAUUAAGGCUGGGACCGUGUAGAUCAAGAAGUGGGGAAACCGGUUUGUCACCUGGGCCACUUGGGGUGGGGUCUCCUCUCCUGGGCCCUGUCUGCCAGCCAUUCUGCCAGGCGGACUGCAGGGAAGAGAUGCGGGCACCGAGCGGCCUUUUCUUGACCACCUGAACUGCCCGUGGGAAUGCCAGGAGUAAAUAAAACGGGCAGAGGGCUCAGCCCACCUGCCGCUCUCGAAGAGAAGUUUCCCACCAAAGGAACCGGCCACAGAAGCCGAGGGAAGGAAGCAAGGAGAAGCCCGAGUAAGAAAGGUCACCGCGUGUCCGGGUCCGAGAUGGAGAAGUGUGCAGAAUCGCCAGGGCUCCAGCGAGCGGCGGGAGGGAAGCCGUCGGGACUCUGCUCCCUCUGUUUAAAGUCUCCAGAUCCGGAGCGGAGCAGCCCCCCCAUGCUGUCUGCCGACGAUGCCGAGUACCCUCGAGAGUACCGGACCCUGGGGGGUGGGGGCGGUGGGGGCAGCGGGGGCCGGCGCUUCUCCAACGUGGGGCUGGUACACACCUCCGAGCGUCGGCACACGGUGAUCGCUGCCCAGAGCCUGGAGGCGCUUAGCGGGCUCCAGAAGGCGGAUGCCGACCGCAAGCGAGAUGCAUUCAUGGACCACCUGAAGAGCAAGUACCCCCAGCACGCCCUGGCUCUGAGAGGUCAGCAGGACAGGAUGCGAGAGCAGGUCGGCGGCUGGACCGUGGACCCUGUGUGCCUCCUCAGCUCCCUCUGUUCCCACCUCCACAGCGAUUCCACCCCCUCCGGGGCUGGCCAGCCUGCCCAGCAACCAAACUACUGGAGUUUCAAGACCCGCAGCUCGCGCCACACUCAGGGAGCCCAGCCAGGGCUAGCAGACCAGGCAGCCAAGCUGUCCUACGCCUCGGCUGAGUCGCUGGAGACCAUGUCCGAGGCCGAGCUGCCCCUGGGCUUCAGCAGGAUGAACCGCUUCCGACAGAGCUUGCCUCUCUCCCGCUCGGCCAGCCAGACCAAGCUGCGCUCACCAGGGGUCCUGUUCCUGCAGUUCGGGGAGGAGACGCGACGCGUACACAUCACUCACGAGGUCAGCAGCCUGGACACGCUGCACGCGCUCAUCGCGCACAUGUUCCCGCAGAAGCUCACCAUGGGUAUGCUCAAGUCGCCCAACACCGCCAUCCUCAUCAAAGACGAGGCGCGCAACGUCUUCUACGAGCUGGAGGAUGUCCGAGACAUCCAGGACCGAAGUAUUAUCAAGAUCUACAGGAAGGAACCGCUCUACGCUGCGUUUCCUGGCUCGCACCUCACCAACGGUGACCUCCGGAGAGAGAUGGUGUACGCGUCGCGGGAGUCGUCGCCCACGCGGCGCCUCAACAACCUGUCGCCCGCCUCCCACCUGGCCUCCGGCUCGCCGCCCCCGGGGCUGCCGUCGGGGCUGCCGUCGGGCUCGCCCUCGCGCUCCCGCCUGUCGUACGCCGGGGGCCGCCCGCCCUCCUACGCCGGCAGCCCAGUGCACCACGCCGCCGAGCGGCUGGGGGGCGCCCCGGGCGGUCAGGGGGUGAGCCCCAGCCCCAGCGCCAUCCUGGAGCGACGGGACGUGAAGCCCGACGAGGACCUGGCGGCCAAGGCGGGCGGCAUGGUGCUGGUGAAGGGCGAGGGCCUCUACGCCGACCCCUACGGGCUGCUGCACGAGGGUCGCCUGAGCCUGGCCGCGGCGGCCGGCGGGGACCCGUUCGCCUACCCCGGCGCGGGCGGCCUGUACAAGCGCGGCUCGCUGCGCUCGCUCAGCACCUACUCGGCCGCCGCGCUGCAGUCGGACCUGGAGGACUCGCUCUACAAGGCGGCGGGCGGCGGCGGGGGCGCCGGGGGCGCCGGGGCCCCGCUCUACGGGGACGGCUACGGCUUCCGCCUGCCGCCCUCGUCCCCCCAGAAGCUGGCCGACGUGGCGGCGCCCUCCGGGGGCCCCCCGCCCCCGCACAGCCCCUACUCGGGGCCCCCCAGCCGCGGCUCGCCCGUGCGCCAGUCCUUCCGCAAAGACUCGGGCUCGUCGUCCGUGUUCGCCGAGAGCCCCGGGGGCAAGGCCCGCAGCGCCGGGGGCCCCUCCGCGGCCGGCCCGCCCCCUCCCGACCUCUUCCCCGGGCCUGGGGAGCGCUCCCUCGUGGGCUUCGGGCCGCCGGUGCCAGCCAAGGACACGGAGACCAGGGAGCGCAUGGAGGCCAUGGAGAAGCAGAUCGCCAGCCUCACGGGGCUAGUGCAGAGCGCCCUGCUGCGAGGCUCAGAGCCCGAGACCCCAAGUGAGAAGAUUGAAGGCUCCAACGGGGCAGCCACACCCUCAGCACCGUGUGGGUCGGGCGGUCGGAGCAGCGGGGCCACCCCGGUGUCCGGCCCUCCCCCGCCCUCGGCCAGCAGCACCCCUGCAGGGCAGCCCAGCGCCGCCAGCCGCCUGCAGCUGCAGCUGCAGCUGCGAGGCCUGCAGAGCAGCGCCAGCGACCUGCGCGGCCAGCUCCAGCAGCUGCGCAAGCUCCAGCUCCAGAACCAGGAGUCGGUGCGCGCGCUGCUGAAGCGCACCGAGGCGGAGCUGAGCAUGCGCGUGUCGGAGGCGGCGCGGCGGCAGGAGGACCCGCUGCAGCGGCAGCGCACCCUGGUGGAGGAGGAGCGGUUGCGCUACCUCAACGACGAGGAGCUCAUUACUCAGCAGCUCAAUGACCUGGAGAAGUCAGUGGAGAAGAUCCAGAGGGAUGUGGCCCAUAACCACAGGCUGGUGCCUCCUCCUGAGCUGGAAGAGAAGGCGCUGGUGCUGAAGCAGCUUGGGGAGACGCUGACGGAGCUCAAGGCCCACUUCCCAGGCCUGCAGAGUAAGAUGCGGGUGGUGCUUCGGGUAGAGGUGGAGGCGGUGAAGUUCCUGAAGGAGGAGCCUCAACGCCUUGAUGGACUUCUCAAACGCUGCCGCGGGGUCACUGACACGCUGGCCCAGAUCCGAAGGCAAGUGGAUGAAGGUGUGUGGCCACCCCCCAACAAUAUCCUGAACCAGUCCCCCAAGAAGGUGGCAGCUGAGACAGACUUCAGCAAGGGCUUGGAUUUUGAAAUUCCACCCCCCAGUCCUCCACUGAAUCUUCAUGAGUUGAGUGGGCCUGCCGAAGGAGCCCCUCUGACCCCAAAGAGCAGCAACCCCACCAAAGGCCUGGAUGCUUCCAGCAAGAGAAGCGUGGACAAAGCUGUGUCUGUUGAGGCUGCAGAGAGAGACUGGGAGGAGAAGCGGGCAGCUCUGACCCAGUACAGUGCCAAGGACAUCAACCGGCUGCUGGAGGAGACACAGGCUGAGUUGCUCAAGGCCAUCCCUGACCUGGACUGUGCCAGCAAGACCCAUCCAGGCCCUGCUCCCACCCCGGACCACAAGCCCCCCAAGGCACCCCACGGUCAGAAGGCAGCACCCCGGACAGAGCCCAGUGGAAGAAGAGGUUCAGAUGAGCUCACAGUGCCCCGAUACCGCACGGAGAAGCCCUCCAAGUCCCCCCCGCCACCCCCUCCCCGCCGGAGCUUCCCUUCCUCCCACGGCCUGACCACCACUCGCACUGGAGAGGUGGUGGUCACCAGCAAGAAAGACUCAGCCUUCAUCAAGAAGGCCGAGUCCGAGGAGCUGGAGAUCCAGAAGCCCCAGGUGAAGCUGCGCCGGGCUGUGUCUGAGGUGGUGCGCCCUGCGUCCACACCGCCCAUCAUGGCCUCUGCCAUCAAGGAUGAAGACGACGAGGAGCGCAUCAUUGCUGAGCUGGAGGUGUUUGAAAGAAGUUCAGUAUCUUCCCUCCCCCCCACGCCCCGCCGCCAGCCGAUCCCCACCUUGCUGUCCCCCCAGGACAUGGGGUCCCCUGGGGGCUCAGCUCUGGGCUCCCCACGUAAGAGUGGCGGUGGCAGUGUGCCACCCAUGAAGGUGGUGACUCCGGGAGCCUCUCGGCUGAAGGCGGCCCAGGGCCCAGCAGGCAGCCCUGACAAAGGCAAACACAGCAAGCAAAGGGCGGAGUACAUGAGGAUCCAAGCCCAGCAGCAGUAACCAUGGACUGAGGCCACCCCACCCCCCACUCUGGUUUCCAGGCCUUUGAUCCAAGCCCACGGCUCCCCUCCCCCUUCCUGGUGCCCUGUAGAUACACUGGCCCACCCUGCCCCAGCAGUUCACAGGACCCCUCUCUCCAGACGCCCCCCCCCACUCUGGUUUCUCACUUUCGCAGUUACUUUUCUCUUGGAUUUGUGGAAUUUUUCCACUUUUCAACACUUCAGCCAGGAGCCAGCAUGGAGGCUGUCCUUCGCUCUCUCUGACCCCUGACCCCUGUUUUUGUUCCAGGCCACUAAACCAUCUAAAGAGAUGAGCGGGUUGAAUGAGACCUCAAGCCCAGUCUCAGACAAGCCCUCUGGUUCCAGAACCUCCAUCCCUGUAUUGACUUCCUUUGGGGCAAGGAAUUCUUCCAUCUCCUUCUAGAGGCCCCAACCGGCCCCUCCGUCACCCCCGCCAUCAUUUCCCACUUUCUUUCAUGCCCGCUCUUCCCUCCCCACUCUCACACCGGAAGGGUUGCAGGGGCAUGGCCCCAGCUCUCUCAUCCCCUCGUGGUGUGUUUGGUUUUUUAAGUGGUUCCCUUUUAAUUCUCUUUUCUUUCCUUUUUUUUUUUUUUUAUUUCUUUUUUCUAAAGAGCAAAAGAGAAAACUGAAAACCAAACACACCAACUUCCCUUGACUUCCUCCUGUUCCCUAGUGGCCUCUGCUUGGCCCACUUCCUCUCAUCUUCUUUCCCUCUGCUCUUUCACCCUCUUCCUCCCAAGUCCAUCCAAAGUUCCCACCUCCCCUAACUUCCCAAGAACACUUGGAACUAACUCUGAGCCACGGAGACUUUUGGAGCGAAGAGAGAGCCCCCCUCCCGUUACGGGGUUCCUUCCUGGAGGAACGGAUGGAUGUGGACUGACUCGGCGUCAGGCUGGACAAUGGACAGGGGAGAUGCUGGGCCUUGGAGAUGCCCCGCUGCCUGUCCAGCCUUCGAAGAGACAGACUCUGCUGCCGGCCUCUGGUUUUCCUCUGGAGUCAGGGUGGGCCUGGACGCAGGCCUAGCUGGAGGGCAUCCUCAGAGAAGAGGCCGAGGCUGGGUGUGAGGAGGAGAGGGGGGCACUAGGUGCCGGGUGAGAGGCCGGCUCACUGUUGCUCAGUUGUCCGGCUGGUGCUAGCAAAGGGCAGAACGAGGCCCCCAGGACGCCUGUCGUGGUGGGUGUUCCUGGGGGACAGCCUGCCCCUGCCGCUCUGCCUUGGGAGAGGGCAGGCCUGAGGGGCAUCUGGUACUUUUAGUUUUCUAAUUUAGCACUUUAAAUGCCAUUAACUUAUUUUAUUGGGGUGGGGUGGGCAGGAUGGAGGGCCUAGAAACGUUUGGGGGCGGGAAGGGAGGAGGGGGGUGCAGUAGAGGCCGACCCCGAGCUGGGGCGGGGCCGCUUGACCUUCAACCAGCCUCUAUGAUUUGAGGGUUUUCAGGGAAGAGGUGUGUGUGACUCGUCUGGGGGGAUCUGGUGACCACUGGUGAGGUGUUGGAGGGUCCCCAAGGCAGAGCAGCCAGCCGGCACUCCAGUCUAUGGAUUCCGUGCAACGGUCCUGGCCGGGGCAGACUGGCUUUUGGGUGGACCCUGAAGUCAAGGGGAGAGGCUGACUCUGGCCCCUGGAAGGCACAGAGGGGCCAGAGCAAGAAGGGAGAUCAUGCGGAAGGGCGGAGGGGGCUCCUUUCAGAGCACAAAGUAGAGUAAGCACAGAGAGGCGGUCUUGGUUCUAGUCCCCCAGUAAGCACAGAAAGGAACCAUGGAAGGGACAGGACCCCAAGACCUGGCAGGGAGAGCCAGUAGCAGCUGUUGAGGGUUCCGGGAGGGAGGGAAAACUGGGUUGUGUUUUUUUGUUUGUUUGUUUUUGUUUUUUUGCUUUUUUUUUAAUUUCUGUUUUUGUUUUCUCAGUUCACUCUUGUUUUCUAGCUUUGGAUCAUUUUUGUAUGAAGGCGAACAAGCCUUUUUGAAAAAUAACAAAAGAAGAAGAAGAAGAAAAAAAAAUCCCUCCCAGAAAAAAAAAAAAAUCAAAAAAACCCUAGAAAAUAGAAAAAAAAAGGACCUCAUAAUGAUGCAAUUACUUUUAAUUGCAAGCAACUCUUUACAUUUAAGUGAAGUGUCUUAACAUUUUAUAUUGUUUUAAAAAUAUAUUUACAUAUUAUAUAUAUAAUAUACGUAAUAUAAAUAUAUAUAAAUAUUUAAAAAAGAAAAAAAAAAAAAACAAGAAAACCACAGCACACUCUCCCUGGCCGCUGUCUGGCAGGGGAGAGGGCUGGGGACAGGCGUGUGCCCUGGCUUCUGUAGUCCGGUGAAGCAGUUUGGUUUGAUUUGGCUGUACAGAGACCCCUGACUUGGGAGGGGAGGGGGGAGGGGCCCCUCCACUCCGUUUCUCUUUGCUUGCUACUCUUCGCUUGCCCCCACACCCCCUCAGCCCUGUGACCUGAGUGUGCGCCCCUCCGUCAUUGUCCUGAGUUGAGUGUCCUUUGUGGAGGGAGAGGGAGCCGGGGGAGAAAGUGACCGCCAUGCAGGAGCUGCCCUAGGCGCCCAGGCAGAGCCCUCAGGCUUGGCAUCGUUCUUCGCUUUGGUCCCUGCGCCUGUGUGCGUGUGUGUGCACGCUGGCGUAAGCCUCCGUGACUUAGGUGUGUGCACGUGCAUGGAACCUGUGUGAGUGAGUGAGCAAAAGCUUCUACUGUAUCAGCGAAGCCUCGUACAUGUAUGUGAAGGUAGUCAGCACGGCUGUGCAAGGGAGCCUUGGCAGUAAGAACGCGUGUCGUGUGUGUGGGGACAUGCCUGGCUGUUGGGGUGCGGACCGCGUGUGGCUGGGUAGAGAGGACGUGAGCGGUGGGUAGGGUCGCGGCCAGGUGCAGGCGAGGCGUGUGAGGCGGCCGCUGUGUGUGUGCCCGUGUGUGCGCAUGUGUGUGCCCGUGUCCCAUCAACCCUGCACCACUCGCCCGGCUCCCCUUCCCCCACACCCGCAGCACGUCGGUCCCCGCCCCCACAGCUGCAUGCGCCUCCGCCGCUCUGUCCAUCAGUGCUUGACAAGAGAAACUGCCACAUUGGGGGACCCUGUACCUGGUCCCCUCACCCCCUGCCCGCUGUGCUGUGUUACUCGCAUGGGGGGUUCUCUCUGACCCCUUCCACAAUAUACUGUUUUCCCAGGGGCCUCAGGGCCAAGGCUAAGAGGGGGGUCCCAAGGGAGGGCCCCCCCAAGGCCAGCCCGGCUCCACACCCACCCGUCCACCCCGUAGGGCCUGUGUCGGUGUAGAAGUGAUGGCUUCUGUGGAUAUUUUGUGACCUCUGUCAGUGUAACUUGACAAUUUCUAAAUGGAAAGGGUUGCUGUGUUUUCUGUCUCUUUUUUAAUGUCUUUUUUUUUUUUCUUUCUUUCUUCCCUACCUCCCUGCUUUCUUCCCUUCCCUUUUGGUUUUUCUAGCCGAGUGUUGGGGCUUUAAUAAAACUUGUUUCUUUUUCCUCUCCUGGAUCUUC